AGCUGUUUCGAAAGUUGUUUCCUUUGCUCUAAGUGUUGCUGCAUCUUUGUGGAGAUUUGAAGGUUAAUGAGUCGAGAAGUACUGAUUUCUAUUCACAGAUGCAGCCAGCUUGCAGAUAAUAUUAGAACAUCAAUAUGACUAACGUCUAACGUCAGAACAUAAAGUAGCUAGCAGCGUUACAUACCAAGCCUGCAAGAUGAUGCAACGUGCUAAGAAUAAUCGUAUGUUGGGAAAUGUCUAACAGUAAUCAUACCCGUUUCUACGAUGGGGCGGCCGGUUCGCAGUACGAAGGGUCCGGUCCAGUUUAUCGCUGUUACAUCGUCGUCGUCGGUAAUGGGAUAUUUUACCGUGGCGGUGGUGCUUUUGGCCUUUCUCCCGGGAGGACUGGCGUGCGCGCCUCAACCAUCAGGGAUCACCGUCGACCGACUCAUGCGGAUGUUGGACGCCGCCAAAGCCCGUAACGGCAGCGGGAGGAUGCAUCUGCAGGGGCACGGAAGCGGCCCAACGUCGGCGGGAUACCCGAUCGCGGAAUGGCCGCCAGGCACGGAGGUUGUGCGAGCGCCCGAGGGCGGCACCUUGGUCAUCCCAUUCCCCUACCACAUCACCAACAACAUCACGCUAAGGGUGGGGACGUGGGCCGGUACAUGGUGCCAACUUCGUGUACAUGCACGAAAAUUUACACUUUGGCGCACUCCCAGUCACAUUUUUGUUUCGGUUUAUGGCAUUCUGUACCAGAAGAUGUGUGUACACUGGUGUGAAAACCGUUUGUGCGCGCAGCAUCCGGUUCGGGAGUUAUGGCUGUUAGAAAAUUCCAAAAAGUUUAAAUGCAUUCAGGUGUACCAAAAGUCUCAUUAUGGACCGCUCUCCCUCAAAUUUUGCACGUAAAUGCACAGAACCAAGAAAACCGUUUUUACACCGAUCCAAUUAAUGUUCUAGCAUGUUUUUCAAAUUUUAAAAUAAAUUUCAAAAUUGUAAAAUUCAUUUUAGAAAUCGAAAAAAUUGUUGAAGGCUGGAUUGGUGUAAAAACGGUCUUCGUGGCCAUGUGCAUUUACGUGCAAACUUUGAGGGAGAUCGGUCCAUAAUGAGACUUUUGGUACAUCUGAACGCAUUUAAACUUUUUAGAAUUUUCUAACAGCCAUAACUCCCGAACCGGAUGUUGCGCGCACAAACGGUUUUGACGCCAGUGGCUACAGAGUACAGAAUGUCAUAAACCGAAACAAAAAUGUGUUUGGGAGUGCGCGAAAGUGUACUUCCUCCCCGGACGACUGGUCAACCGCUUCCUGUGGCGCAGUGGAGGCUGCUUGCUGAUAGCCGAAUCCAUCCCGGCGGUCGCGGCCCGCUCGUGGUGGGGAUUCUAUGGGUGGUUUGAGUUCGGCAUCGAUGACGCGGGUCGCUGCAGUUCCACGAUGAAGAUUGACAUGGUCACGUGGAAGAACGCCUACCUGCACGUCUUUUAAUCACAACCGUUGAUACUUCUACCGAUCAUGUUGAUCUGUGGCUUUUUGUGCCUGUGUAUGCCCGUUUAAGCUAUACGGCAAUUCUGUCACGUCACACGUGUUGCUUCUGUAGUGUGCGUAUUACUGUUGUUUAACGGAGUUGAGCAGACAACCGGCGAAGCAGGCUCGCAUAAACUUUUACCACCGCGUUUGUCGAUAGAUAUUCAUCGGGGUAGCGCGUUGGUGUGGGGCAGGAUCGAAGGGCUGGAUAGAUAAAUCGAAUGAAAUUUUCUUGUAUAGUUUUCGUGUCUAGAAUCUUCUUCCCUUAAUGUGCCAUUAAGUAUCAUCUGUCCAAUAAAGUGUGUAUAAAGGGUGUAUAUUGUACCCGGCUUGGCUGACUACUGUAAUUCUGUACGUACUGCGAAUAUUGUUAAUACAAGUAGCAACUGUCAAAUAU